CGCACACUUGUCUCCGUUCUGGUGCAGUCUUGCAGUGCCAGGCAUCGUGUCCACCACCCCUUGCACCACAGCGCACACAACAACAACAGACAGCCAAGCCGCCAAGCAGCGACGACGAAACACGGAAACACGCAGCAAGGGACGCCAACAUGCUUGACAAGGUGCACGGAGAAGGUGCUGCUUUCUGGAAGGAAGCUGCGAAGAAGGAGACGGCCAUACGCUUCAAGUGGCUUGAGGCGUACGAGAAGGUUUGUGAUCAGAGCUAUGCGCGAGCUCAGGACCGCAUGAAGGCCCGCCAGAAGGCAAGGCAGUCCCUGCGACAGAGAGACGGGGACGCAACGCCGUCAUCCUCGCGUGCUUCUUCGCAGGAAGCACCAGCUUCGCGCCAACCCCUUCAUUCCGCCGCUGCCGCUGAGGAUGCGCGCCAAGUCCGACAGACAUGUGCCAACCGCAAGUCGAUCACGUUGCCGCGCAUCGAGGCGCCACGACACAUGGUGGAAGCGCGCAAGCAGGAGAGUCUGGCGGCCCUGACCGCGACGGCCCCAAAGCCAAUCCCCGAUCACCUCCGAGCGGCGUUGUACGACGGCAUCAGCAAGGAGGGCGCAGGAAGGGCGCAAUACCUGAAGAUGCGCAGCGCAAUGCCGCUGGAGGCGAAGUACGGAUCACCGCAGACAACCACGCAGGCCAUGUCGUUUGGGAUGGCCGACCUUCAACCCUCUGCAAGCCAAGGCCCUCGAUUUGGCCGCCGCCGUGUUGUUGGACCAUCUUUCUACCGCAAGGAUGGUGUUCCGUUCUCCGUCGACGCGUAAGCAUUGGAGACACCACACCAAGACGUGGCCCACAGCACGCAGCUGUCUCUCUUCCGCCAAUAGACGCUUUCUCGUCCCCACUUCCUCUCCUUGUGUCCUGCACACACUCGCUUGCUUCCCCAACGCUCCUUUUCCUUCUCCCUAUUCUUUGUCGGCUUUCACCACUCCCACCACCACCCCCCCCCCCUCACACGAAUGAUUCUCAAUUGUGCAAGUGCACGCCGCGCGAUUGCUGCCUGCAUGAACUACUCACUCUGCUUCUCCCACACCACAUCGGUUGCUUUCUUCAUCUGUAACGGACACCAUUACCACGCUUGAAUGCGGCUGUCUUCUUAUUAAUUGCACGCGUGUGAGCAUGCGAGCGUGCAUCCAACAUGAUACGUAAACGGUUUGAACAGCAGAA